AUGUCGUCGGCUGUCGGAAACAGCACCUCGGGUCUGGACGUGGACUGGCUACUGCACAAGAAGGAGGCCAAUUAUGCACAGUCGCAGCAGAACGGGAAGACUGACGAGCGCGACGACACAAGUACUCGAUCUCCGCCCACCUUACCAUCAGUGAACCACACAGAACCCACACCACCACAGUCACCCGUAGAGACUACCCAUAAGCCGGACAAUAAGUUACCAGAGAUACACAUCGCACCUGAUCAACCUGCACCCAAACCAGCACAGACGAAACCAGAACCACCGAAGCAGGCCAAUGGCACGAGCACGCCUACUCAGCAGAGGCCUGUCCUUGCGAAGUCGCCCGGUACGGAUGAUACGAAGGGCCACAAGUCGCUUACGAGUAGUCUAAAGAAAGAGAGCAGUGGCAGGAGGCCAUCAUGGAUCAACAGUCUGAGCUCGAAGUUUGGCUCGUCAAAUGCAACACCUUCACGAGGGUCGUCAGUCGACAAUCAGAAGCCACCUGUCACACCGUCUCCUCAGCCCUCGCCCAAGCCCACCUUUUCCGGAAAUCCAUUCGACAGAAAGGAGAACAACCCCUACGCUAAAGAAGAGCCAAAGGUGGUGGUCCCGCAAAGCACUGGGCGACGCCAGUCGGUGCUCGUCGCUGCGGGAAAGGAAACGAAGCUCGAGCAGCCUGGCUUCCUGUCAAGUGCGCUUCGUCGUCUAUCUUCCUCUAGCAAUGCUACUAUGGGCAAAGGCGGGGCGUCAGGAGCGAUCUGCCCUCGGAAGGUCAUGAACGUCGAUCAGAAUCGUGAGCGCAUCAGGAUACCGGAGCUUGAUCAGAACAAGCUCAAAAGGGUUGCAUUCUGUGUUGACGUGGAGAUAGCUGGACGAGCGGCUCAGGCUGAUGAAGAGGAGUCCUCGGCGGGUGGGUCGAAGCUGCCAGUAUCAAACAAGCAAGCAUCACAGAAUGCUACAUCGGAAAAGAAGGAUACCAGCGAAGCAAAGUAUAAAGAGAAGGGCGAAGGAGCUGCCUUGAAAAACGGACCUACCGCUCCGGAUGAGAGCCAGGAGCCGAACGGCACGCAAUCCGGCAACAAAUCAGAUUCGACGACACCCAUCGACAUCAAAAGGUCGAAUUCAGGCGAAUCGAAAAAGUCAGCAGAACUCGGGAGCGAGUCAUUAUCACCAGAAUCACAACCUGGGACAACUCGAAAAAAGGAGAAAAAGAAAAGAUCGGAAGCAGAAAGGAAAGAGCGCCGUGAACGCAAGCGAAAACACGCUGAAGCGAACGGACUUGUGCCUUUGGAACUCAUUAAGGAUGAUGAUACUGAUUCCGGUCUGAGUACGCCAGGCAUAGCUACGCCGCAGACCGGUGCAUCGCCGACCACGGAUCCUCUGAGAAUCUACAAAAGGUGUUGCCAAUUACGGGAAACGACAGUGAUGAGUCGCAUCAAGGAACAGAUCUCGAAACCUGCCGCUACGCUUGCCGAGGCCCCCGGAACGGUAGCCGUGAUCGAUCUGACUGGGACGGAGAUGCAACUGCCAGAUAUUCAGACCUUUGGCGACUGGUUAGCCAUUGUUCCUGUGCGAAAACUCGUGCUCGACAACUGCAACUUAAACGACGAAGCAAUCAGGAUAAUACUUUCAGGCCUGGCAGGAUGCAAAUCACCAGAGCAAGCACGCAUAAAUCGAAGACUUCACAGCAGGGUCACUGGCAAAGCGGGUCGGGAACAACUAGGAAUCAUCGAGAAGCUGUCGCUGAAGCACAACCCAGAGAUCACGGUCAUUGGGUGGAAGUACAUUGCAUUGUUCCUGCACAUCUCGAAGUCCUUGAAAGCAAUAGACCUAUCAGGCAUACCAUUUCCCAGGAGCAACGGUGACCUGUCACGUUCCUCGACUCUCAGCAGUGGUGCAGACGGAAGUGCAAGUUCAACACAAAGCAAAAGGCCGGACUAUUGUGCUAUCAUCGCCAGAGCAAUCUCGGAUCGACUUGGUGACCGACUGGAGGAACUAAUCCUGAGCGACUGUGGGCUUUCAUCCACGAAUGUCGGCGAAAUUGUCGACGCUUCGAUCAAGUGUAAGAUUCGACGCUUGGGACUGGCAGGCAAUGGCCUUGGCAGUGAUGAAAGUGUAAAGCACGUUGUGAAAUACGUUGUUUCAGACAUUUGCGAGGGACUCGACUUGGGCGGCAACAACCUACAUGGUCACAUUCCUGAUAUCGCCGAUGCGCUGGAUGCAGAAAAUCCGCUCUUCGCGAUCAGCUUUGCGGCCUGUAACCUCGACUCGAAGGACCUUGAGCUCAUACUCGCCUCAUCAGCUCGUCUCAAAAACCUCAAAUUCAUUGAUCUGUCUGGCAACAAGGGGCUCUUCACCGCGAAGAACAAUGCCAUACCCAUCUUUAGGAAGAUGCUUCCUCGAUUGACAUCGCUGAAACGCAUCCACCUAGCGAAUGCGGGACUAACACCAGAUCAUGUCAUUGCGUUAGCGGAGGUCCUACCAGAUUGUCCGGCGCUGUGUCACGUUUCACUUCUCGAUAACGAGGCCCUGGUCCACGCUAUGAACUCUAAGGACGGAUCCUCACAAGAAGAGGCAUGUGCCUUCUUUGCUUCGUUGAUGACCGCGGUGCGCGUCUCGCAUACGAUUGUGGCAAUCGAGGUGGAAGUGCCAAGCUCGGAUAGCAGUGAAGUUGUCAAAGCAUUGGCGUCUCAAGUCGUUGCGUACAGUCUGCGCAACAUGGAGCGUAGUGCACUGGACGAGAUUGGUGGUAGGAACCCGGCACUUCCAAACAAGGACGCUCCCGAGGUACUGCUCCAUCUUGUUGGCCAUAUGGACGGGGUCGAAGGCAAUCACGAUGCCGAUGACCCAGCACCGGAUGAGGAUUAUGUCAUUGCCUCCACUGGUAUUGUCAAGGCUCUUGGUGUUUGUUUGGGUACCGGAGAUGGGAGUCGAUCACAAUCGAGAAACAUUACGCCGUCGGCUAGCGGCACAAGCACACCUCGACAGAUCUCUCAAAGGCCUGUCACUCCGAAGAAACCUAGGAACGUCACACUUGAGCUCUGCGAGAGUGCUAGAAAGAUCAGGAUGAGGUUACGGCCGGCCUUGAUCAAGGAGGAUAAAGCGGGCAACGACGAGAAAUUUCGUCGCCUUUUCUUCCUGGACCAAACGUUACAACGCAUCAUACAACGCUUCGAGGACGAGUAUCCCGAAACUAAGGUACCUGCUAUACCAUCUUCAUCAAUCAACGAAUAUCACAGGACUGGCGGAGAAGCUGCUAACGCAACACAACUGGCCGACGAUGCCGUCAUCUCCGCCAGCGUAGGCUCAAACACUCUAGAGCAGAUAGCCUCUGGAGAAGAGUACCUGGCGGGCGAUCAAGACCAGGACGCCCGCGGCGACGAUUCCUUCAACCUGGCCCGUACCAACUCCAACACAUCACUCGCUGCUAAAGCAUACACAGACGAAGAGGGCCGAAUGCACCGUUUCGGUCAGGGCGUUCGCCGUGAAGUACUUCGACAGAGCGAGCUCGAAGCCGAAGAUGCGGAUGAGCUAGACGAGCGGCACCUGGAUGAUGUGCGAAAGAGAUUUGAUGAUUUCAAGGGUGAAGAAAUCAGGAACAGGGUCAGGGAAGAGGGACCAGAUUCGGUACUCAAGAGCUUGGGUCUGAAUGCAAGAGAGCUUCUGCUCUUGCAGAAGGAAGAUCCGGAAGGAUUUGAGAUUUUCAGAGAUGCCCAGAUGGCCGCGCAGAUUAAUAGUGGACGGCGGCAGAGCGAAACUGGGUAA